AUGGAUCCACUUUCGGGUGCAGCAAGUGUUAUCGCAGUUAUCCAAUUAACCGGAGUUAUCUUACAAAUAUGUGGAAAAUAUCUCAAUAACGUCAAGAGCGCGAAGCAGGAUAUUCAGCGUUUCCAAGAGAAGGUCGCUGCCCUUUCCCAAGUCCUUCACUCUCUCGAUGAGCUGAUCCGUGGAUCUGAUGGCAACAAACUUACUGCUACGCAAGACCUGGUCGACAAUAUUGCCAAAUGCUCCUCAGCACUUACAAAUUUGAAAGAGAGAAUCAAUCCGGAAACGACGCAGAAACAGAUGAGGAAAUGGGGCCUUCGAGCCUUAAAAUGGCCACUGGCUCGGUCCGAGGAGAUCUACCAGUUUGAUCCAUGCAGACUACAGACCGCAAAACAAGCAGCAUUCGACUCCUACGACAAUCAACAUAGUGAAUGUCUCCCGGGGACCCGGAUUGAUCUGCUUCGAGAAAUCGAAGAGUGGGCAAAAUCGCCACACGGAAAAUGCAUAUUUUGGUUGAACGGCAUGGCAGGGACAGGGAAAUCAACAAUCUCCCAAACAGUUGCAAGCCGUCUUCAGGAGCAGCAGCUUCUAGGGGCCAGCUUCUUCUUUCGGAGAGGCGAAGAGGACAGAGGGACAGCAAAAAGGCUUUUCCCAACAUUGACCGAGCAAAUGGUCAACAGAGUACCUCAAAUGCUGCCUCGAGUUCAAAAAGCAAUUGACGAUGACCCUAAUAUUUCGGAAAAGGUGUUGAGAGAACAAUUUGAACGGCUUCUACUGGAUCCACUAUGUGGAAUUGAACAGCAAGAAGAGACCACAAGAAGAGUGAUCGUGAUUGAUGCUCUAGAUGAAUGCGAUUCAGAAGACGAUAUAAGGAUUAUUCUCCGACUCUUGCCACGAGUUCAAAAGUCAACUUCUGUACAACUACGGUUUUUAUUGACAAGCAGACCCGAGUUGCCGAUCAGGCUGGGCUUCGAAGGGAUCACCGAUGCCCACCAGGAUUUGGUCCUCCAUGAGAUCGAAAAGCCAGUGAUAGAGCAUGACAUAUCCUUGUAUUUUGAGGAUCAGUUCCUACGCCUAAAACAGAAGCGCUCAUUUCCACCAGACUGGCCCGGAGCCGCAGCUACCAAGAUAUUGGUUGAUAGGGCCGUCCCUCUGUUCAUUGCAGCUGCUACCAUAUGUCGUUUUAUCGGUGAUGUAAAAUGGAACCCUCAAAAGCGACUUGAGGCAAUAUUGACAGACCAAUCAACCUAUGUGUCUAAGAUGGACAGCACCUAUGUUCCCGUGCUGAAGCAACUUCUCACUGGCCAAAAUGAAACAGAGUCACGGGAAUUGCUCGAAGAGUUCAAGGAGAUAGUCGGGAUGAUCAUUAUUCUUGCCACUCCGCUCUCGAUCAACUCCCUUAGCCACCUAAUAGACAGAGACUCGGAUGAUGUGAAAUGUCGAUUAGACCAGCUCCACUCUGUGCUCGGUGUACCAAACAAUUUCGACUCACCAGUCAGGAUCCUCCAUCUGUCAUUCCGAGAUUUUCUCUUGGAUCACCGCGAAGACGAAAGCAAAUUCUGGAUCGAUGAAAAGUAUGCAAACCAGCGUCUUGCAGAACGAUGCCCAUUACAUACCCCCGAACUGAAAUACGCCUGUCGAUACUGGGCGCAUCAUCUGGUACAAUGCACGGACUUGCCUAGCAUGAUGCACAAUGUUUAUCGAUUUCUCCAGGUGCACUUUUUGCACUGGGUGGAAGCAAUGAGCCUACUGCGCCUUACGUCAGCAGUAUUAGGUAUUCUUGAUCUACUCCAAACGGCCAUAUCGGGUAACGACUCUUCUCUGAUUUCUGAUUUCGUUCACGAUGCAAAGCGCUUUAUUCUGAAAAAUCGCCAGAUAGUUGAUCUGGCCCCCCUUCAAGUUUAUUGCGCAGGACUUGUAUUUGCCCCCCGAACGGGAAUAAUACGUAGAGAGUUCAAACGGUCGCUUCCCACUUGGAUAUGUCAGUUACCACAAGUUGAGGAAGGAUGGAGCACACUCACCCAGACCCUCGAAGGCCAUUCAGAAGCGGUUCAUUCAGUGGCCUUCUCGCCCGACGGCCGCCUGCUAGCGUCCGGCUCUAGGGAUAAGACAUUGCGGCUCUGGGACUCAGCGACGGGCGCGCUCACCCAGACCCUCAAAGGCCAUUCAGAAGCGGUUAGAUCAGUGGCCUUCUCGCCCGACGGCCGCCUGCUAGCGUCCGGCUCUUGGGAUAAGACAGUGCGGCUCUGGGACCCAGCGACGGGCGCGCUCACCCAGACCCUCGAAGGCCAUUCAGAUGCGGUUAAUUCAGUAGCCUUCUCGCCCGACGGCCGCCUACUAGCAUCCAGCUCUAGAGAUAAGACAGUGCGGCUCUGGGACCCAGCGACGGGCGCGCUCACCCAGACCCUCGAAGGCCAUUCAAAUGCGGCUGGAUCAGUGGCCUUCUCGCCCGACAGCCGCCUGUUAGCGUCCGGCUCUUGGGAUAAGACAGUGCGGCUCUGGGACCCAGCGACGGGCGCGCUCGCCCAGACCCUCGAAGGCCAUUCAGAAGUGGUUGGAUCAGUGGCCUUCUCGCCCGACGGCCGCCUGUUAGCGUCCGGCUCUGGGGAUAAGACAGUGCGGCUCUGGGACCCAGCGACGGGCGUGCUCACCCAGACCCUCGAAGGCCAUUCAGAUGCGGUUGAUUCAGUAGCCUUCUCGCCCGACAGCCGCCUACUAGCAUCCGGCUCGAGGGAUAACACAGUGCGGCUCUGGGACCCAGCGACGGGCGCGCUAACCCAGACCCUCGAAGGCCAUUCAGAUGCGGUUAAUUCAGUGGCCUUCUCGCCCGACAGCCGCCUACUAGCAUCCGGCUCUAGGGAUAAGACAGUGCGGCUCUGGGACCCAGCGACGGGCGCGCUAACCCAGACCCUCGAAGGCCAUUCAGAUGCGGUUAGAUCAGUGGCCUUCUCGCCCGACGGCCGUCUAUUAGCGUCCAGCUCUUGGGAUAAGACAGUGCGGCUCUGGGACCCAGCGACGGGCACGCUCACCCAGACCCUCGAAGGCCAUUCAGAAAGGGUUUUUUCAGUGACCUUCUCGCCCGACGGCUGCCUGUUAGCGUCCGGCUCUUGGGAUAACACAGUGCGGCUCUGGGACCCAGCGACAGGCGCGCUCACCCAGACCCUCGAAGGCCAUUCAGAUGCGGUUAAUUCAGUGGCCUUCUCGCCCGACAGCCGCCUACUAGCGUCCGGCUCUUGGGAUAAGACAGUGCGGCUCUGGGACCCAGCGACGGACGCGCCCACCCAGACCCUCGAAGGCCAUUCAGAAGCGGUUAGAUCAGUGGUCUUCUCGCCCGACGGCCGUCUACUAGCGUCCGGCUCUUGGGAUAAGACAGUGCGGCUCUGGGACCCAGCGACGGGCGCGCUCGCCCAGACCCUCGAAGGCCAUUCAGAAGUGGUUGGAUCAGUGGCCUUCUCGCCCGACGGCCGCCUGCUAGCGUCCGGCUCUAAGGAUAAGACAGUGCGGCUCUGGGACCCAGCGACGGGUGCGCUCACCCAGACCCUCCAAGGCCAUUCAGAUGUGGUUGAUUCAGUGGCCUUCUCGCCCGACGGCCGCCUGCUAGUUUCCGGCUCUUAUGAUAAGACAGUGCGGCUCUGGGACCCAGCGACGGGCGCACUCACCCAGACCCUCGAAGGCCAUUCAGGCGGGGUUGAUUCAGUGGCCUUCUCCUCUACGACCCAUCUAUCUCACGCGACUCCAACCAUCUCUAUUGAGCACCGCCAGUGGAUAGCAUUGAAUGGCAAAAGGGUUCUGUGGCUUCCUAUCGAGUCUCGACCUAGUAGGUUCAAGAUAAACGGUAAUGUACUCGCCCUAGGACAUGCAUCAGGGCGGGUUUCCUUUAUUGGAUUUAGUAUGUAA